AUGAGACCGUUUUCGGUCUUCAAUGUCUGCCUAUUGGCCUAUGUCUGGUGCUCCUUAUCUCUACACUCUGAGGCAGCAGUAGACGAGAACGGCAAUCAAGUUCUCAGGCUGGGCGAUGUCGUCCCCAUUGACACUCCCGAGACCUAUUACUCAGAUCUCCACCCCUGUCCGGCUGCCUGUCUCAAUUCAAAGCCCGAGAAAUGGACCGUCUAUCCGUCCGCGGAGAGGUUAACCCUUUGCAGCCAACCGAUGUUGUUCGACCUUUCUAUCUCUAUGCCCAUGGAUGAGCCGGCUUCUAUCGUCCCAGUGCGCGCAUGCACAGCUGGAGAUGCGAGAAAUGCCAACACAACUGUCAAUGCUUUGUUCAUAAGUAGUGUUUCCGCUUCGGACACUGAAGACCAUAUGUCGCUGGCCAGGCGGGCGUCGCCAAGCUGUGUUUCCACAACAAAAAGUACUACUGUCUCUGCCUCCUAUCUGGAAAACGGCCUCAAGACUGCUCGGUUGAAUGAUACCAUCAUAGCGCUUAAGUAUCUGCAAGACUUCCUCGUCGGUAAUUCGGACUGUGAUAUACCCAUUCUUUUGUCUUACGCAAAUGGUAGCGUGGCCGGCGCAUAUCUUGGUCCUUCGUUUGGCCCACGUACCCUAUCUUCGCUUUCAUUCCAGUUGCAAGAUACCAUCGAACACAUAGGCCCAUCCGAGACUAUGGCCACCGAGAUUUGCGGUGAGGGACGCAAUGCAAAUCAUGUGGUUGGCAUCGCCGUUGACACGACAGGCAACGUUGCCGCAGUGCAGCAAGCUGUCAGAUCCUGGACCGAGGCGAAGUGUCUCGCCGGGUACAUGAGUUCCCACUCUUCGAAAGAAAUAGAAGUAUGGGAAUCAACCGACGAUUUGAAACCUCGUGUCCAAGCAACUCACACCGGAACUCUGCAUCGCCGGGCUGACUGCAGGACUAUUACCGUUGUUACGGGCGACAGCUGCGGCGCACUGGCCGGUCGUUGUGGCAUUCCCCCAGCGGACUUUGCCAAAUACAACUCGGAGAAGUCACUUUGUUCGACCCUUCAGCCUGGACAGCUAGUUUGCUGCUCCUCUGGAACUCUUCCGGAUAUUUCACCCAAGCCCGGACCAGACGGCACCUGCGCCACUCACCUUAUUGUCAGCGGGGAUACCUGCGCUGCGCUUGCAGAGUCAAAUGGGCUCACGCCCCAGAAGAUCGAGCAAUUCAACAACGGCACUACCUGGGGUUGGAAUGGCUGUCAGAUCUUGUUUCCGGGGGUGAACAUAUGUCUAGGCAAAGGGAAACCGCCGAUGCCCGCACCCGUUUCCAAUGCUGUAUGUGGGCCAACGAAGCCCGGUACUAAACCACCGACUGACGACACGACGCUUGCUGAUUUGAAUCCUUGUCCUUUGAAUGUCUGUUGUAAUAUCUGGGGUCAGUGUGGUGUCACGGAGGAUUUCUGUCUCGAGAAGCGUGGCCCCUCCAACAAUCCCGGUACCUCUCCACCGGGCACCAAUGGAUGUGUUUCAAGCUGUGGGUUGAAGAUCGUCAACAACGAUAAGGGCCCAGCUAGCUAUGGCCGCGUGGGCUAUUAUGAGUCGUGGAACUUCAACCGCAAGUGUCUGAAUCUGCGCGCCGCUCAUGCCAAUACGGAUGGCAGCUACACCCAUAUUCACUGA